GCCAAGAAAAGCAGAGACAUGGCGACCGCAAACAUCCAUGCCAGCUCCUCCGGCGGUACGCACGUCCUCCUGGUGCCGCUGCCGGCGCAGGGCCACACGAACCCGAUGCUCGAGUUCGGCCGCCGCCUCGCGUACCACGGCCUCCACCCCACGAUCGUCCUCACCCGCUUUGUGCUCUCCACCGGCCCGCCUCCCGGCGCCCCCUUCCGCGUCGCGGCCAUCUCCGACGGCUUCGACGCCGGCGGCAUGGGCUCCUGCCCUGACCCAGUCGAGUACUGCAGCAAGGCUGAGGCCGUGGGCUCCGAGACGCUGGCGCAGGUCAUCGCCGCCGAGGUGUGUGCCGGCAGAACCCCGGCCGUGCUGGUGUACGACCCGCACAUGCCGUGGGCGGGCCGGGUGGCGCGCGCCGCCGGCCUGCCCACCGCCGCGUUCAUGUCGCAGUCCUGCGCCGUGGACCUCGUCUACGGCGAGGCCUGGGCGGGGCGCGCGCCGCUGCCGAUCGCCGACGGGAGUGCGCUGCGUCGCCGGGGCGUGGUGAGCGUGGAUCUUGGCCCGGACGACCUGUCGCCGUUCGUGGUCUCGCCGGAGCUGUACCCGAAGUACCUCGACGUGUCGAUUCGGCAGUUCGAAGACCUUGAGGAAGUGGACGCCGUGCUCAUCAACUCCUUCCGCGAGCUCGAGCCACAGGAGGCGCAGUACAUGGAGUCGAGAUGGCGAGCCAAGACGGUCGGCCCAACGCUGCCGUCCUUCUUCCUUGACGACGGCCGCCUUCCGUCGAACAGAGCCUACGGCGUCAACUUCUUUAGCAGCGACGCGCCGUGCAUGGCAUGGCUUGAUCAGCAGCAACCUGGCUCAGUCGUCCUUGCGUCGUAUGGGACGGUCUAUAGCAUGGACGCCGCCGAGCUUGAGGAGCUUGGACAUGGGCUCUGCGCCUCCGGCAACCCAUUUAUCUGGGUUGUGAGGCCAAGCGAGGCAAAAAAGUUGACUGAAAAAGUACGAGACAGCUGCAAGGAGAAGGGCUUAAUUGUACCUUGGUGUUCCCAACUCGAGGUCUUGGCGCAUAAAGCGAUAGGAUGUUUCUUGACACACUGCGGAUGGAAUUCGACGACGGAAGCAAUUGCUGCCGGCGUGCCGAUGGUGGCAAUGCCACGGUCGGCGGACCAGCUAACCAAUGCAAGGUAUGUGGAGAGCGCUUGGAAAAUUGGCGUGCGGAUCCAUACCAAUGAGAAUGACUUGGUUACGAGGGAGGAAGUGGAUGGCUGCAUCAAAGAGGUGAUGAGUGGAGAAAGGAAGGAGGAGUACCAUACAAACGCUAGAAAAUUCAUGAAGAUGGCCAAGGAGGCAAUGCAAGAGGGAGGGUGCUCCGACAAGAAUAUUGCUGAAUUUGCAGUAAAAUAUUUAUCAAGUUAAAUUAAUUUGUGCUUUCUAUAGCUGGUGGCAACUGGCAAGAACGGUAGGUUAUCAUGCAGUUAUGAGAAUCAGCACCUUCUGUAUGGACAUGCUGAUGGAGUAAUUUUUUUGCAUCGUCACGAGUUAUGCUAUGAUCAAAUGGCACGAUAA